CCUCUCCCAAAACCAACCAUACGAUUUCCCCCGAGCUCCCCUAACUCCCCUGCCCCCCCAGCGGCCCCCCGCUCCUGUCGACCGCCUCACGCGGCCCACACCCUGUUUUCCGAGCUGGCGUGGCGACGCAAACUCACAAAUAUUUACUUCCUAUACAUCAAGAGGAAAGGGGGCCCCCCUUUCGUGGAAUGCGGCAACAUGGGCGUGUUUGACCGCGGAGUUCAGAUGCUGCUGACCACGGUGGGGGCCUUCGCCGCCUUCAGCCUCAUGACCAUUGCCGUGGGGACAGACUAUUGGCUAUACUCACGCGGUGUCUGCAAGAUCAAAAGUACCAACGAGAACGAGACCAGCAAGAAGAACGAGGAGGUGAUGACGCACUCGGGCCUCUGGAGGACGUGCUGCUUGGAAGGCUCUUUCAAAGGCAUGUGUAAGCAGAUAGAUCACUUCCCAGAGGACGCAGACUACGAGGCAGACGCUUCUGAGUACUUCUUACGCGCAGUACGGGCCUCGAGUAUCUUCCCUAUCAUGAGUGUGAUCCUGCUCUUCAUGGGGGGGCUGUGUAUCGCCGCCAGUGAGUUCUACAAGUCACGCCACAACAUCAUCCUCAGCGCCGGCAUCCUCUUUGUCUCUGCAGGUCUGAGCAACAUCAUUGGAAUUAUUGUGUACAUAUCAGCCAACGCUGGGGACCCUUCCAAGAGUGACUCCAAGAAAAACAGCUACUCCUACGGCUGGUCCUUCUACUUCGGCGCACUCUCCUUCAUCAUGGCCGAAAUGGUGGGUGUGCUGGCUGUGCAUAUGUUCAUUGACCGCCAUCGGGAACUUCGUGUGGGAGCCAGAGCUGCCGACUACCUCCAAGGAGCAGCCAUCACGCGCAUCCCCAGCUACCGCUACCGUUACCGUCGCCGUUCUCGCUCCUCAUCUCGGUCCACAGAUCCCUCACACUCCCGCGAGGCAUCACCAGUGGGACUGAAGGGCUUCGGGACGCUUCCCUCCACCGAGCUGUCCAUGUACACGCUUCCUAAAGGUCAAACGGGCACCCCGACAGCCACCUAUAACUCCACGGAGAGGGACCACAACUUCCUGCAGGUCCACAACUGCAUCCAGAAGGACCUGAAAGACUCGGGUGGCCACAGCAACACCGCCAACCGACGCACGACACCCGUAUGAAACUUGACAGAAGGACCUCAAAAGAAAUUGGAGCAAAUUUGGGGAAAGGUGGUAAAGACAGCUCAGUUGGUAAAGGAGAGAAGGGAUGUUCUGAGUUCUCCGCAACUCAGACGAUCACCCAGUUGCAGUUUUAAAACAAAAGAAGCAGAGAAAAAAAUGCAUAAAAAAGAAACAUGCAUGAUUUUCCCAUCAACCAUUGAUUGACGACUUUUGAACAUGUUUGUACAGAUUUGUGUGGGAGGGAUGGGCAAAGAUGAGAAGGGCGACAGCCAGGGGGCGCUGUGGUUGUGGGCCGGGUCAGACUGCCGAUUUAAAGGUGAACUUUGUAUUUUUUACUCUCUUCCUCAGUCCGACAAACAGGGGGGCAGUGUUUGCCUCUUGGCUCCGCCUAUGACCCCACCCUCACACUCUAAAUACACCCUAACCUCCCUGAAACCCGCUCUUCGCUUUAGUUACUGUAUCUUCUUGAUUUUAUUCUUUAAUCGCAUUAAUACUGUGAACCAUAGCGGUAUGGAACUUUAGCAGGGAGGAAUUCAGGCCGCAAAAAAAAAAAAAAAAACUAACAAAAAAAGGACACAUAAGUUAAUAUAUGUAUUAAUUAUCUAUAAAUAUAUGAAUAUAUAUGUUAAUAUACUUGACUUCCCUGAUGCAAAAAUAAGAAAAAGAAUCUAAUCUUGAAAAAUAAAUCAGAGGAUUCUUUGUGACUGGUUCAUUUGACAGGAAAAGGCUUCCGCCUCCUUGACAAACUGGUAUUUAGUUAGUACUUGAAGCAUUAUCGCAUUCUUUUAGAACUAAACAAAUCCCUUCGGCAUUCGCCAAAAACCCUGGCUGCCAUCGUUGUUCAGGGUCACGUGGAGGUGAAAAGCCAACCUCUCUGCAAACCUGAAGAAGGCAACGACGACUUGUGGACGAUGAAAAGUCACUACUGCCAAAGACACACAGUAGUGCGUGUGAGAAGCUGGCUACCGGCAACGUGACACUAACUGACUCAAUAAAAAAUAAAUAAAAAAAUAACAAUAAUAAAAUCGAUAAAUUAAAAAAAAUAUGAAUUUACAUGCAUGCUGAUCAAAACCAUCCAAUCUGCUUUUAAGGAAACUGUUUUGAACAAAUGAUACAAUGUAAGGGCAGCGGGCGUGAAAACGUGGACAUUACUGUUACUGUACUGUCCUUUUUUUUUUUUUUUUUUUUUUGAAUGGGUAAUUCAGGGCGGGGCUUUGUAACACUUGAAACAAAAAGAACAAACUUUGGAUAAGGCUUUUUUUAAGAGAAGAAAAUCUUAUCUCCUCUUUUCAUUUCUUUUUUUUUUUUAAAUUUCACACAGCCUUAGUCUCUCUCUCUCUCUCUCUCUCUCUCUCUCUCUCUGUUUUUUGGGGAGGGGGUCUUAUUUUUGUUGUUUAUCGGUUUUGCGUUGUGCUGUUGUAAAUGAGAAUUUAAAAAAGAAAAAAAGCAUAAUGUCUUCAAGGUGCCAAAACUGAAUGAUUCUGAACUUGGAUGCAUCAAGUCCUGAUGAUGAAUAAAAAUCGAUCUCUCCCAUAGGGAAA